CGUCAAACAGGUGGAGAUGAGCAGGUGUAGCACCUGACACAGAUGUCUCAAGUGAGGAGGGUGCGGCACUGUUGUUUAGUCUCUUCGAGCAACCAGGUAACCUUCACGGGUCAGAAUCUAAGACGCGAAUCAUGGGGGUCAAGAUAAAAGUCGAAUACUGUGGCGGAUGAGGGUACGCGCCCCGCUUCGAAGAGCUGAAGCGGAAAAUAGGCGCGAAGUUUCCUGAUGUGGAGGUGUCUGGCUUCGUGGGCAAGAGAGGGAGCUUUGAGAUUGAGAUCAAUGGACAUUUGGUCUUCUCAAAGUUAGAAACGGGUGGUUUCCCUUAUGAGGAUGAUGUCAUGGCGGCUGUCCUUAAGGCUCAAGAUGGCAAGCCUGAAAAAAUCACCAGAAAACGUAAAGAGUGCAUCAUCCUCUAAUGCAUUGACCUCUGAUCCACAUUUACCAUCUGAGUGGAGAUGAGAUGGCAUCUUCUGUCUUCUCCACAUCUCUUGCAGUUAAUGUUUGAUUUUAAGCUCUUCAGUUGUCUCCUGUAUCACUCUGCUCACACAGAGGUUUUUGGACAUAAAUGAUUACCGUAACUGAAAGGUCAAAUGUUAUGGUUUGAGGCUUAAGUCCAGUAAACUCUAAACCUGAAGUAGAGUAAUAAGGAAGGCAAGUGAAUAGUAAAUAAGUUUUAUUUGAUUUCCAGCUUUCCUGCUAGAAUAUUCAUUUUCUUCUUCAUGAAAUAUCUUUCUAUGUCUAGUAUAACUUGAAAUUCCACCUGAAUUGGUGAUUUAAUUUAUAUUGUAUAUGUCAAAAUAUUGACUCUGUAAAGUAAUAUUAGAAUUAUAGAACAAGUGAAAAAGUAUGGGGACAGAUAUUGGUAGAUGUAGAUUUAUUGGGGACAGUUGAAACUUUAUUUUGAUUUAACUGACUUGGAAGUAUUUGGCUGAUCAUUUUAGAUGCCCAUUAUACAUUUAUUCCUGUGGUCUCCUGUUAAAAUGCAUACUUUCUGAAAAUAUUUGCACAAUUGUGUUUUUUAUUUUUUUUAUUUCUCUAAGAUGUGUUAAUUGUAAAGUAUAUAAAGGAAUAUUCUGGGUUCAAUACUAGUUCAGCUCAGUUGCUGUCAUGACAGCAUUUGUGGCAUAAUGUUGAGUUCUACAAAAAGUAAUUUUGACUUAUAAAUGCACACAUCUGGGUUACAAGAGGCACUUACAAUGGAAGUAAAUGGGGCCAAUCCACAAAGGCUAAAAUACUCACUGUUUCAAAAAUAUAUAAGUCUUGAGCAAUAUACAUGCUAACAUGGUUUUACUGUGAUAAAAUCACUCACAAACCUUAUCUGUUUAAAGUUAUAGCCAAUUUUACAACUUCAUUGCCAUGAUAACAUAAUGCCAUUAACCCUCAAAUGACUGUAAAAACUCUCAAAGGACUUUACAGCUCAAUUAACACAGGUUUUAGUGGAAGAAUUAAUGUUAGUGCAUUAAUAAAAAUUAUAAGCUUCACAUUUCUGCAUUUUAAACUCUCCAAAAUUUGGCCCCAUUCAAUGCCAUUGUCAGUGCCUCACUGUAACUUCAAACUUUGCUGCUUCUUUUUAAGGAAGGAAGGGACAAGUCAAACUUUUGUGGUAAUCAGACUUGUGCCAUGAAUGCUGUUGACUGAGCUUAACUUGUAUUGGACCUGGAAUAUUCCUUUAAACAUCUGAGAUAUCUUUAGGCUUCAUAUUCAAUACCAUAAAAGCUGUGAUAAAAUGGUUCAAAUCUGAUAAUAUUAUUUUGCAUUAAAUAAUCUUCUUGGUGCAGUAGUGUCUUUUGAUGGCUCCUUUUAUUGAAAGCCUUACAGAUUGUAAACUGUACUCACCAGCAGUAGAGGGCACUUCUCUUCACAACUACAGUAGACAAAGGUGGAACUGUUUAAAAGUUGCGAUCAAUAAUGAAUAAAUAAAAUACUCUAUAUGA